AUGGAGAGUGACAUCAUUUUAGCAGAAUGAUGGCUUCUAAAUAAUACCUACUAUAAAGAUGGUGGCCCCAUAUUCUUCUACACUGGAAAUGAGGGCGAUGUUGAGGGUUUUGCCACAGCCACUGGUAUGAUGUGGGAUUUGGCACCACAAUUCAACGCAGCAAUUAUUUUUGCCGAACACCGCUUCUACGGCGACAGCCUUCCUUUCAAUGAUCAGUCUUACUCGGUCAGAAAAAAUAUUUAA